CAUAAAUUAGUCGGUUGGAACUUGUAUUGGAGCAGAACUGAAAGGGAGUCGAGUGACCACUUAAAACAAAAAAAGAAAAAUUAUGGAAGAUGGUGUGCCAGAAGCUGAAAGCCUGUUGCAUCCUAAAGACGAAGAUGAUGAUGAGAAAGAUAACCAUCAAGAAAGUGGAGAAGAAAGGCCAAGUGGGUCGUUCAUAAACCAUAUCUUCUCUAACUUGGUCUCUAGAGGAGAAGCUGAACAUCGUGAAGAAGAAGGUAAAGAAGAAGAGAAUGAAGAGAAGGGAGGUGGACUACUGGACAGUAUCAUCCCCAACUUGGUUUCUCCUGUGAGUAAAAAAGAAGAACAAAAUGAAGCUUUCCAAAUUAGAGAUGGUGAAGGAACAAGUGAAGAUCAAGUUAAAAAGAAACAGAAGGUAACAACAGGAGUUGAUAAAGCAAAUGAACGAGUGAAGGCUGAAGAGGAGGGUGGUGGAGGUAUCAUCGAUCACAUUGUUUCCCACUUUCCUACAUCGCUUCCAGAUGAUGCUGUUCCAACAACUGACGAAGCAGCCAUCCUCAUUCACUCCAUCAUCCAUGAUUAAGGAGAGUGAGCUUAUGAUAAUCAAGGAUUUGCAGAGGGGAUCUGUCACUUGAUAUGUUUCCUAGUGAUUUUUUUUUUACUUUAGCUUUUCUCAUUGUAUAAUGCGUUUUCUGCUUGUUCAUGUAUUAAAUUAGAAUUCCAACGUUUAAAAUUA